CCACACGUGAUUCAAACGCGUCUCUCCGAGCGAGCAUCAUCAUAUACCUAAGUACGUAUACAGGACGGCGAAUCCUACACGAUGAGUGUUGCCUUUCCAACGUCUGGUUCAUUUAUCCAGUCCGUUCGUGAAUCUUCCCGGAAAGCACGAACUGAAAAUAAAAUUUCUAUUACCAAUGAAUCAAUUCACCGUCUUCUAACCUCGCCUGCGUUUACCCAGUCCUUUGCUGGCGUGAGCAAGUCGCAUGGCCUUGCCAUGCCGCUCAAUUUCUCAUCGCCCCUUGCUGAACUAAACGUUCUUGCUAUCCUCUCCUUGCUGAAUUUUGGCUCUGGUUACCGUGUGCCCCUUCAUGAAGCAACCGGGCGCGGGGCAUGGGACUCAAUACGUGCACUGGUACUAUCAAUGUACAUUGCUGAUGAAAAACUGCUCACCGCACGGGGAAUGCAAUCUGUGGACGUCGGCAAGGUUGCAGAGUUGAUGUGUGUCAAAAUCCACAUUGAGAAACCGCACGAGUCGAUUCCGGGUGUCACGGUGGGCGAACUUGGUGGCCCAAUGUAUGAGCUGACGACGUUGAUCACGGGCGUCUUGAAUGAGACGGGUGAUAUUUUGGUCAAGGCAGGGUAUCCCGAUCUUGGCACGUUUGUGGCACAGACCCCGGAAGCCAACGAUGCAGAAGCUAUUCUUGAACGGCUUGUUCGUGCGAUCCCAGCGUUCAGAGAUAUGGCCCUCGUAAACGGACAUCCCAUCUACUGUUUCAAGAAAGCCCUGUUUCUGAUUAACGGUAUACGCGUCCGUUUUGGGGCCACAUCUUCGUCUCCGUUUCCCAUCCCAUCCACUUCCCAUCUUCCCAUCUUUAGUGACAACGUUAUUCCGUCCUUACUCGUCCAUCUGGGUGUCAUCGAUCUCUCAGCAUCCCCGAUGCAAGCCGUCUUUUCGGACGCACACUCUGAGCAAAAAAUAGCGUCGCUGCUGCAGGCAAGUGACGUUUCCAGCCGGCAAGCGUCUCGGGGGUUACCUCGGGAAGGGCCUAAAUUAACGGCCGAACAGUCAUUCAUUUUACGUGCUGCUGCGAUUGAUGCUUGCGAAAUGAUUGUAUCGGCAGCUGAAUCAGCAUCGUUAGGUGUUACCUUGAGCGACCUUGAUGCGUGGCUCUGGCAGAUUGCCAAGGAUAGGGAUGAUUAUCGCCAGUUGGAAAGGUUUACUGAGAAGGGGACCGUAUUUUUUUGAUGCAGUGCACGCUGGAAUCUGAUGCAAGUAGAUAGGACGCAACGCGGGCGAUAUAUAAUGUGUUGUUAAGACGAUCUUUUUGAGCUAAGCGUACCUUGCGAGAUAUUAAAA